AUGUCUUUAUCCUUGAAAUCGGAACAAGACGUAAAAAAAUGGAUUUCGCCACAGAAGCUGUCGUGUUCAAAGGUGUGUAGAAAAUUUGGAAUCGACAUCGAAAAGGACAAAAGCAACGCUUUUUUUUGGAAUAUGAUGUUGAACAAAGAAAUUUCAAUCAACGACGAUCUUUUAUCAUGGUGCGGAUAUUCAGGAGAGUAUAAAAACAUGAAAACUCAUUUUUUAUCUUUAUUGAAAAAAAAUCCGCAAUGUGUAUACAAUGAAAUUGACGACCCAGUGUAUCGGAAGAAGCGCUAUAUUGUUAUGAACACUAUGGAUUUCGAGUCUCUACUGAUGCAGAUGCGCAGCCGCAAAGCCCAAGAGAUUCGCGAGUUGUACUCAUUUCUAAAACACAUUUCCAUGCAAUAUAUGAAAUACGAAAAGUACUACGAGGAACACCGCAACGAAUUGAUCAGCAUGCAGAACAAUCAAUUGACACAAUCGGUGCGCGAGUUGAAAGACCUGAUGCUACAAGUCGAACAAGAGCGUUUAAAAGCUGAAGAGGAGCGACAACUGGCCGAACAACGUCAUUUGAAAGUCUCAGCUAAAUUGGAUACUAUUCGCAACCGCAUUCGCACCGAGGUGGUAGAUCGUUUACGUACCGAGAUUGCACCGCUGGUCGCACCUCCGCCCAUCAAUCGUCACAAAGAUCGCUGUUUAGCUUUGAUUUGUAUUUCUCCCGCACGAGAAUGGUACAUUGUGCGCCGUCAACGCGAAAGUUUCAACAAGGCAAUACAGGCAGUAUUGAAAAAAAAUCCCCUGGCAAAGCGGGUGAAAGAGUGGCACGGACUGGCGCAUUCCGUGGACGUUGCUAAUUGUGUCAAGUCACAAUUGCGUAAUCUAAAAUGGCUAGCCAGAGGAAACAUUUUGCGCAGCGAAAGGGACGAGAAAUCGACUGACGCUAAUAAUAUAUAUUCAAAUGAUGAUAUUGUAAAUACAAUAGACGAGAUUUUGUCGAAAAAUUCUGCUUUGCAAUUAUCGGAUCAGUUAAAUGGAUCACUUGAAUAUUCACAA